GUCCCCAUCGUGCCCUAAACGUUGGUUCGGGAGGGCCUUGCUGGCAGGAACUAUGGUCAUGUCGGACUCAACGGAGCUCGGACCCUCAUUAUGGCCACCAGGACCAUACAAAUGAGGCAGAUUUCAAUAAUCUAGUAUGCGUGCCCUUGUGUCCGUCAUAGUGUGCCCUCUACAGGCCCGCCACGCCCAGAAGAAGAGGUUCGUUUCGAGACCGCUCGGUCACCCUACUGGAAAUGAACAAUCUCCACGCUGCGGAGGAUCGCGUCGUACCCGCGUUCAUAUGGGCGCACUGCAUUCAUACAGGUUCGCGGCAGGUCCGACAGGUGUCGUCUCAGCCGCUGCGGGCCACCCAUGUAGGCCAGGUUUCCCAGCUGAGAGCGCGCAAUGCCCUUCGUCGUCGGUCAGCUGGCCAUCACGUCAGGCGUCCGACGUCGAACCCUGGCCUUGUAGCGCAGAACUCAGCCCGCAACGCCUACCCCACGCCGCAGCAUCUCUAUGGCUGGUCGCACGCACAGACGUCAUCCACGAAGCCCUGCGACUGGCGCAUCUACAUACGCCCGCACUACCACCCUCACACGACGGCACCGCCUACUGCGCUUGGCAAUAGCCACUCCAGUCUGGCGAGCAGAUUCCGACUCGCCG